CAUCAUCUCUCACCACCAAAGCAGUCCUCUCACUUUUAUUACUUCUUCAAUUUUUCAAGAGAGAGAAAGAGAGUGAGUUAAUGGCGCUGGCGAAUAACUUAACGGCGAUACUGAACUUACUGGCGUUGCUAUGUUCUAUACCUAUAACGGCGUCAGGAAUAUGGCUUGCCUCAAAGCCUGACAGCGAGUGUGUCAAUCUCCUCCGCUGGCCCGUCGUCGUCCUCGGCGUUCUCAUCCUCGUCGUCUCUGCUUGCGGCUUCAUCGGCGCCUACCAGCACAAGGAGACUCUGCUGGCUGUGUACUUGUGCUAUAUGGCGAUACUGAUCGGGCUUCUGCUGGUGGUUCUGAUAUUUGCUUUCGUCGUGACCCGACCCGACGGGUCGUAUCAAGUUCCGGUUCGAGGUUACAAAGAGUACAGGCUCGAAGGGUUCUCGGAUUGGCUGAGAGAGAAUGUUGUGGAUUCCAGGGAUUGGGGGAAGAUCAGGGCCUGUUUGGCUGAUUCGAAUGUUUGUCCUGAACUCAGCCAACAAUUCAUAACUGCUGAUCAGUUCUUCUCUUCCUCUUCCAUCACUCCUCUCCAGUCCGGUUGUUGCAAACCACCAACCGCGUGUGGCUACAACUUCGUCAAUCCGACACUUUGGCUAAACCCAACCAACAUGGCUGCAGAUGCAGAUUGUUACCUAUGGAACAACGAUCAAAGCCAGCUUUGUUACAAUUGCAACUCAUGCAAAGCUGGUCUUUUGGGAAAUCUUAGAAAAGAUUGGCGUAAAGCAAAUCUCAUACUUAUCAUCACCGUCGUUGUUCUCAUUUGGGUCUAUGUUAUUGCAUGUAGUGCGUUUAGGAAUGCUCAGACUGAGGGUCGCUUCCGUAAAUAAAACAGGGCUGCGUCUUAAGUGUGCAUGUGUAUAGAUUUGUUUGUCGUUUUUGGGAUUGGAGUAUUCGAAAAUAGAUUGUGAUAUUAUCACUGUGUUUUAAAAAAAGCAACUUUGCAUGGAUUUUUAUGUUUAUGUUAGAUUGCUUGUGAAAGAACAGAUAACUGAACCAAUUUAUACGGGUCAAGUUAACAAUUUGAAUAUUUUAUUGAUUA